AUGUCUCCAGCCUCUGUACUAAUCGUCGGGGCUUCACGAGGUCUUGGAAGAGCCUUAGCUGAACACUACGUCUCUCUCCAAUCCCGUGUCUUCGCGACCGUCCGUUCGCCCCUCAAACCUGAUCAAGACUUUAAAGGUCGUAUCCAGGUGGUAGAAGGGAUCGAUUGUUCUCAAUCUGAUGUGGGAAAGGGAAUUGUCGAUGGAUUGAAAGGAGAGACGGUGGAGAUUGUUGUGAUCGUUGCUGGCUUACUUAAAACCGAGGAAUUUGGGAAAUCGAAUUUUGAAGAUGAAGUCUCCAUGUAUAAAAUCUGCUCUAUAGCUCCUGUUCUGAUAGUCGAAAGUCUGGUCACCUCAUCAUCCCUAGCGCCCAACGCCAAGAUCCUACUACUCACUUCUGAAGCCGGCUCGGUAACACUGCGCACUCAAGGUGAAGGCGGAGGGAUGUACGGUCAUCACGGCUCUAAAGCCGCUGGGAAUAUGGUUGGCAAAUUACUCAGUUUUGAUUUGAAAGAUAGAGGUGUGCCGGUAGCUAUGAUUCACCCCGGCUUUCUCAAAACGGAAAUGACCAAGGACGCCGGUAUGGAGCAAUUCUACGAGAAGAUGGGUGCGGUCACUCCUGAGGAAGCCUGUGAGCCAUUUGCAGCCUUUGUGGAGAAACUCAACAUGGACAUGACUGGUAAAUUAUGGGCACCGAUGGGCGGAAGGGGAAUUGGAAACGCCGAGGAAGUACUAGGCAAGAAAGCGGCCUCUCAAACUGAACCUCUCGAACUACCCUGGUGA